CUUCCUGCGAUGCGCGGUCGAUUCCCCGCACAUGCGAGGAAUAGACGACCCCGUUGAUCUGGCCAUAUAGGAACUUUGUGUUCAUACUCAUCCAACAUUCACAUCCAGGUUGGAAUCCUACUCGACUUGAAUUUAGAAACAACUCUUAAAAUCUAGUGAAAACAUACAUUGAAUCCACCAUUUUGUUGAGAGAUGUCAGAGGAGGGAUGGAAAGAAAGAGUGAGAUGGGUCCCAAAAUAGGGAGACAACAUGUCUGCAUUUCACCAAUAUUUUUUUCGAGCAAUACCGGGGAAGUAGAGCAAUUCAUUGAUCGAGGGCUUGUAAGUGAAGUACAAGAUGUUAGUGGUGAUUUGCCACACUGGGGUAAGUAGACAGGAAUUAAUAGGUUAAAUUUAACAUGUUAGAGAAACUCCAAGAGACUAUCUAUAUCUCUUCAACAGAUUCUCUAAGUGGUUAUCCAAAUGUGACCAUCCUCUAUUCCAUGUUUCUAGCUAGCCAAAUAUAGAUAACAAAAAUGGCUUUCUAGAGUGUACACAAGGUAUAAAAAAGCUGUUGGAGAGUGAAAACAUAUAGAAAACGAUUUUUUAUACAUAAGGCUCUCCGAAUGAUAAUUUAGAGAGUUAAAUUUAUAAAAAAAAACUCUGGGAGAUGUUCUUAGUGGUGAUUUGGCACGCUAAAUAUAUAGCUACUGUCUCCAUACUAUUAUACACAUGCAUUUUCCUGAAAGGGGAUUGGUUAAUUACAGCACAAACACACCAUUCUUUUACAAUACAAAAUAAAGUCAGCUAGCUGCUUGAACAUGAAGGUAAGCACCUUUUACUCAGCACCCUACAACACUCUAGGCUGCUUUAACUCAUUCUUCACGCAAAGAUUAGGCAAGGAAUUAGCAUCAGCAACUAUUCCUCUUAAUCAUUUCUAAACCGCGUGCCAUGGAAUUCCCCUCUCCAGCAAACAUUCUCUAUUUAAAUGCUUCGCUUUUAAGUCUUCGACCACACUGCAGCUGCAGACCCCUCACACUGACUGACGCAUCAUCUCGCGAUAGCUCCAUGCAGCUGAAGCUCUGCUCGGAGGUGCAGGUGCCUGGGCGUGGUUGAGCCGGCCGGAGCAGUAGAUCACCGGGAGGUGCUCGAUCGCGCGGUGACCGCCCACGCACCGGUCGGUCGUGAUGGCGGCGACGGCGAGGAAGCUGAUCGUGGAGGUGGUGGAGGCGCGGGACCUGCUGCCCAAGGACGGGACCGGCACGUCGAGCCCCUACGCGCGCGCCGACUUCGACGGGCAGCGCCGCAAGACGCGCACGGUGACCAGGGACCUCAACCCGGCGUGGAACGAGGCGCUCGAGUUCGACUUCCCCGCCGCCGGCGUCGGCGUCGACCCCGUCGUGGGGGAGCCGCUCGAGGUCGCCGUCCUGCACGACGUCCGCGUCGGGCCCAGCCGGCGGAACAACUUUCUCGGCCGCGUCCGCCUCGACGCGCGCCAGUUCGUGCGCAAGGGCGAGGAGGCGCUCAUCUACUUCCCGCUCCAGAAGAAGAGCCUCUUCAACUGGGUCCGCGGCGAGAUCGGGCUCAAGGUCUACUACGUCGACGUGCCGCUCGCGCCGCCGGAGCCGGAGCCACCAGCCGUUGGUGAUGCCGCUCCAGAUGCCGCGGCGGCGGAAGCAGAAGCACCACCGCCGCCGCCCGUUGCUCCUAAGGAGGCUUCUGCGGAUGAGCCGCCGAAGGAGGAGGAGCCGGCGGACGAAGCUCCGGCGCCACAGCCGGAACCGGCGGCAGAGGCUGCAUCCGGCGACGGAUCCACCACGGAGAAGCCACCUGAGGAGGCUGACCCCGCAGCGGCGACCCCGGCACCAGAAGCUGCACACGAAAUGGCGGCAGAGGCGGCGGUGGCAGCACCGGAGGAGAAGCCACCGGAAGAGGAGCCGGUGCUGAGCCCGCCACCGCAGCCGACGCCGACACCGAUGCCGCGGCAGGUAUCCAUGCCUGUGCGAAGGCCGCCGCCGCCGCCUCCACCGGAGGAGCCGGUGGAGCGGAGCAAGCACGAUCUGGUGGACAAGAUGCCGUACCUGUUCGUCCGGGUGGUGCGCGCGCGGGGGCUGCCCGCCGGCGCGCACCCACACGUCCGCGUGGCCGCCGGCGGCAUCCACGCGUCCACGCGGGAGGCGCGCCGCGGUGCCUUCUUCGAGUGGGACCAGACCUUCGCGUUCGUGCGCGACCCGGACACCGAUUCGCCGGGCCCCACUCUCGAGGUCUCCGUGUGGGACCUCCCGCCCGACGCCGACGUGUCCGUCGCCGACGAUCGCCACUUCCUUGGCGGCCUCUGCUUCGACACCGCCGACGUGCACGCGCGGGACCCGCCGGACGGGCCUCUCGCGACGCAGUGGUACAGGCUCGAGGGCGGGCGCCGCCUCGGCGGCGCCGACCUCAUGGUCGCCACGUGGGCGGGCACGCAGGCCGACGAGGCCUUCGCCGACGCGUGGAAGGCGGAUUCCCCGGCGGCGACCUUCGCCGCUGUCGCUGCCACGUCGCGCGCCAAGGUUUACGUCUCGCCGAAGCUUUGGCUCCUGCGCCUCACCGUCAUCGAGGCGCAGGACACGCUCACGGCGCCGCCUCCCCGCGACGCCGGCAUCGCGGUGCGCGCCUUGCUGGGUUUCCAGGCUCUCAAGACGCGCACCACGCCGGUGGCGCGCAACGGAGGGCCCGCGUGGAACGAGGACCUGCUCUUCGUCGCCGCCGAGCCGUUCACCGACGACGACUGCCUCGUCAUCUCUCUCGAGGUGCGCCACGGUAAGGAGGCCUUCCCUGUCGGCUCGGCCAGCAUCUCACUCGCCACCAUCGAGCGGCGCGUCGACGACAGGAAGGUGGCGUCCAAAUGGCUCGACCUCCUCCCGUCCGACGAGGCCACGAAGAGAGUCGGGAAGAAGGCGGCGAUGCACAUGCACGGAGGGCGGCUGCACGUGCGCGUGUGCCUCGACGGCGGCUACAACGUCGCCGACGAGCCGUCGUACGCGUGCAGCGAUUUCCGGCCGUCGGCGCGGCAGCUCUGGCACCCACCGCUUGGCGUCGUGGAGCUAGGCAUCAUCGGCUGCAAGGGCCUCCUACCGAUGCGCGCCGCCGACGGCAAGGGCUGCACGGACGCGUACGCCGUGGCCAAGUACGGCCCCAAGUGGGCGCGCACGCGCACCAUCGCCGACAGCUUCGACCCGGCCUGGAACGAGCAGUACACGUGGCCGGUGUACGACCCCUGCACCGUGCUCACCGUCGGCGUGUUCGACGACCCGCCGCCGGCGCAGCCGGCAGACGGCGGCGGGAAGGACGCCGCCGCCGCGGCGUGUUCGCGGCCGAUGGGGAAGGUCAGGAUACGGCUGUCCACGCUGGAGCGCGGCCGCGUGUACCGUGGCCUGUACCCGCUCAUCAUGAUGCUGCCCACCGGCGCGAAGCGGAUGGGCGACGUCGAGCUGGCCAUCCGCUUCGCCACGUCCGCGUCGACGCUCGACGUGCUGCACACGUACGGCCGGCCGGCGCUGCCGCCGAUGCACCACCUGCGGCCCGUCCCGGCGGUUCACCGUGAGGCGCUGCGGCUGGCGGCGGCGCGCAUCUCGGCGGCGCACCUGGCGCGGUCGGAGCCGCCGCUGCGGCGCGAGGUGGCGACGUGGAUGCUGGACGCCGCGGAGCCGCGCGGAUUCAGCAUGCGCAAGCUGCGCGCCAACUGGAACCGCGCCGCCGCCGCGCUCUCCUGGGUCGCCGACGCGGCGCGCUGGGUGGAGGACACCCGGUCGUGGCGCAACCCGACGGCGACCGCGAUGGCGCACGCCGUGCUGGUCCUCCUCGCGUGGCACCCGGACCUCGUCGUGCCGACGGUCACGCUCCACGUCGCCGCCGUGGGCGUGUGGAAGUACAGGCGCAGGCCGCGCGCGCCGGCGCCGCACCCGUGCGUGCGCGCGUCCAUGGCGGAGGCGCCGGACAGGGAGGAGCUGGACGAGGAGUUCGACACGAUUCCGAGCGCGAGGCCGCCGGAGGUGGUGCGGGCGCGGUACGACCGCGCCAGGAUGGUGGGCGCGCGGCUGCAGCAGAUGGUCGGCGACGUCGCGACGCAGGCGGAGAGGUUGCAGGCGCUCGUGUCGUGGCGCGACCCGCGCGCCACCGGGAUGUUCGUCGCGCUGUGCGUCCUCGUGGCCAUGGUGCUGUACAUGGUGCCCAUCAAGAUGGUGGCCGUGGUCGCCGGGUUCUACUACCUCCGGCACCCGAUGUUCCGGGACUGGAUGCCGGCGCCGGUGAUCAACUUCUUCCGGCGGCUGCCUUCCAUGUCUGAACGAAUCAUGUAGGAGCAAGCAAGCAGUAGCAGCGUGGCAUCAGUUGGCCACUUCUGGAGAGCCGAGAGACCACAUAUGCAGUACCAGUUAUACUUUAGCAGCAACAUGUUAAUGCAUACUUCUUGAGCAGAAUAAAGCAAUUUUCUUUCAAUGCAUA